CCGGCCGCCCCGGCAUCGACAUCGCAGCCAGCAAACAUGCACCGCGUGCGGAACCUCCUCCUCCUCCUCGGUGAAGUUGACAUCCCCGGCGCCAAAGCCGUUAAAUGUGCAUCAAACCACCGUGAAAGCGUCCCGUGCCAGGCAACGAACGUGACAACAUGACGUGACCAAAUUAAAGCGUGUUUGCUUGCAGGCAACUUUUUUUAUGUGUGGAACAUUAAUUCCUUCGUUUUGCUUUCGUGUGCUGGCUCUGCCAACUGCGUUCUGUGGGUUUCUCUACCCAUGUCUUCCUACCUGCGGGCCUUUGCUGGAAGGAUCAACACCCAGCGCUUGCAGGUCUUGAGUGAGUGCCCGAAUUGGGGUGUUCUGGAGGCGAUUGAUGAGACGCAAGAGCCGCGUGUUGGCGAAGGCGUGCCGGACUUCGUGUCCGGGCACGCCGACGCCAACUUGCGUACAGCUCAGAACACGCUCGCAGGUGUACGCGUGAACGUGUUACUCGAGGCGGUGGACCCAACGCUCCGGCACAGCAUCCAUUUCGCACGCGACAACGUGCAAUCCCUGCCACCCGACAGCGUGCAGCGGUUCAGGGCGCUGAGGGACGCACCUUCGACCCUGUGGCUGUCGACACAUAAGGCUGUGGGAGAUUUCGCACGCCAACACGACCCUGACGCACAGGUAUUCUACGUCGAGUGGGCCAUUAGUCAAGACGACCUGCCAAUACGCGCGGACCGCCUUCACGUUGGUCAUGCUUUGCCAGACACCCUCAUCUCCUAUGCAUCUCCUUCUCAAUGCUCAAGGAGUGGCAUUGCCACAGAGGAUGAGGUGGAAGAACAUCAUCUUCGGCCCGGGUUCGUCAUCCUUGGCGUUGACCCGAUUAUUGACCGCACGGCGUACCCAACGCUUUACAGCCACAUCACCACCGCAGUGGAAACCGUCGCUACAAUGGCCAUCGUUUCCUCGAUUAAGCAUCAUGCCAUGUUCAUGUACGGCGACCUGAGCACUCAGAUUGGAGACGGUGCCGCCGAUUACGAACGACUGGUUGCGCAUCGACGGGAGAAGUGCGGUCCGGACGCAUUUCGUGUGUCUGGGCUCAAGGGCGCGGCGACACGUGCAAGCAUGCCAUCCCGAUAUGCGAUUGGGAAGACGAAUGCCUUGACCGGCCUUUUACGCUUUGAGGACUUGUCAGAGGAUCAACAAGCAGCAGUAGAGGGACUGCGGCUUGAGUGUACAGACCCUGAGUGCACAGCAUCGACCGAUAUCAGGGACGUGAGGGUGUUCUCACACCUGCACCCGGCCAGUCCACCAGAUUGGCACCCGGUGAUUGUCACAGGGAUACACUCGCGGCUGCUCUGCACGGGGGCGUCACACUGCAACGGCUCGCUGCGGGUGGAGCCAGACUAUGCCCAGCAGAAGGGGGUGCGCAGCCUAUCCAUCGAAACGGUGCGGCGCGAGUGGACUGCCCAAUUCUCGUGCGAUGUCGUCGCUGGGGUUGAAAGGCUUCGCUUCUCGCAGCUGACUCCCGCGCAGCAGGAGCUGGCCAGGGCAAUCCCGUGGACGUGCUCGAAGCAGGGUGCUGGGUGUCACGGGCGCAACCUGACAUCGGAACACCGGCUGGUGCUUGUGCGCUUCAGCGACGGAGAGGGCAACCGGGAGAGCUUCCUGCUGUGCGAGGGCCACGAUGGCGCGUGCAGGGGUAUUGCGACACCUGUGCUCCGUGCGCAGAUGGGGCUGCGCACCCUUGCCAUCCGGUCGCCGACGUACCAGGACUGGUGCAACCAGCCGCUCUCGGACAAGGUGGUUGUUGUUGUCACACGGUUCAGCGAGAUGAGCAGCGAGGACCAGGCCCGCCUGCGGCAAGUGGAGUUCACCUGCUCGAAUGGAUGCGACGUGUCGGCGGCGGACGUCGCCUGCACAUCGGCCAUGGAAGGGCUAGACUUUGGGAAGAUGGUGACGGGGGAGCACUGUCAGCUGGACACGUCUUCCAGAUGCGACGGCAUUGUAUUUGCAUCCCUCGCGUCGAUGCAGGCGCAUGGGUUUCAUCAGCUGCACCGCAACACGCACCGCCAGCAUGUCAUCAGCAUGCGUCGGCGCCAGGAGCGGGGCAAUGCUGCGCAGGCGCAGGGGAGUGCCCCCGGUGCGUCUGUGGCCGUGGGCAGUGGCCGGCGGCAGAGCACCAGCGCUGCCAUUGUGUGCGAGGUGUGCGGGCGAACGAGCCGCACACCACAGCAGUACAGUCGCCACAGGGCGUCGCACCGCCUCGUUGACGCCAGUGCCUUUGGCAGCGCCCCGAUCACCAUUGCCAACGCCAGCAGCAGCAGGGGCAGCGCCAGCAGCAGCAGGGGCAGCGCCAGCAGCAGCAGCAGCAGCAGCAGCAGCAGCAGCAUUCGUGGUGGUGCAACUGGAUUCAGAGCCAGCAGCAGCAGUGGCAGGCGCGCUGAGCGUGCACACACGAGCAUUGCCCAGUGGCUUGUGGCGGCUGGUGACACAGCAACCGCACGCAGUGCUGGUACGGGCGCGCCCAUUGUCAUUCCUGAUGAUGACGACGACGAUCACGACUACGACGACAACGACGACAACGACGACGAUGAUAUUGAUGCUGAGGUUGCCACCACCGCUCGCAGCAGCAUGGCAGGUGUUCGCUCACACCAGCCGUUGGCCAGGGUGACAGGCGCAACAACCGCACGCAGUGCUGGUACGGGCGCGCCCAUUGUCAUUCCUGAUGAUGACGACGACGAUCACGACUACGACGACAACGACGACAACGACGACGAUGAUAUUGAUGCUGAGGUUGCCACCACCGCUCGCAGCAGCAUGGCAGGUGUUCGCUCACACCAGCCGUUGGCCAGGGUGACAGGCGCAACAACCGCACGCAGUGCUGGUACGGGCGCGCCCAUUGUCAUUCCUGAUGAUGACGACGACGAUCACGACUACGACGACAACGACGACGAUGAUAUUGAUGCUGAGGUUGCCACCACCGCUCACAGCAGCAGCAGCCACAGCAGCAGCAGCAGCAGCGGCGGCGGCGGCGGCGGCAGUACGGGUGUUCCCUCACACCAGCCGUUGGCCAGGGUGACAGGCGCAGCAAGCGCCGUGAACCCUGCUCGCCGCAACAACAAGAGCCCCACGUUCGACACCACCCGCACCGGUCGUACACAGCGGCGCCGGCGCCGUCGCCGCACGCCCGAUGUGCGCGCACGCCAGGGGCAGCAGAGGAGUAUUGUGCAAUGGUUGACGCGCGCUGAUGGCAGUCGCCAGAGCGCGGGAAACAGCAGCGGUGACGACGACGACGACGACGGUGUGAGUGCGGCCACACCACCCACGAAAGCAAGCAAGGGCCACACAACGUCUACAGGCUGGUGAUGUGUGUGUGUGUGUGAUGUGUGAUGUGAUGUGUGUGUGAUGUGAUGUGUGUGUGUGUGUGGCG